AUGGAUGGUAUUUUUGCGGAUCUCCUACUAGAAGGAUGGCUAGUAAUCUAUAUCAAUGACAUUCUCAUCUUCUCUACUGAUCCAAUUGAACACCAACAAAGGACCAAAACAGUUCUCCAGCAUCUGAAGAAACCAGAUCUUUUCCUCAAACCAGAAAAAUGCUUCUUUGAUGUAUCAGAAGUCAAGUUUUUAGGAUUCAUCCUUCAACUAGGACAUAUUGGUAUGGCAGAAGACAAGGUGGCAGCAGUACUCAAUUGGCCAAAGAUUGACAGCGUCAAAGCACUGCAAUGGUUUCUAGAAAGCAAGUGGAGUUGGACAGAUGAUCACAAAGAAGCUGUCAAUCAAUUCGAAGAAUAUUUCAUGAAGCAACCCCUAUUGGUUCAACCAGAUGUUACCAAGCCCUUCCGGAUAGAAUCCAAUGCUUCUCUGAAAGCAUCAGGGGGUAUCCUGUCACAGAAGAAGUCUGGUGGAUGA